GUAGAGGAAAUGGUAUUAGUUAAGUGUCUUCUUAUCCAAUAACUAUGGUGAUAAUUUGUAUAUGCAUUAUUUAAUUGAAUUUAAAUAAUUACCCAAUGAUAAGCUCACACUGUAGGUUGAAUAAAAUGAUACUCAUAAAUGUACCCAAGAUUACAAAGCUUGUAAACAACUAAUCUGAAAUUUGUACUCAGGGUCCAAAAUUUGUGUUUUUUCCCACUACAUAUUUCAAUAUAAGGUAUAUGAAAUUCUAUUUGAGUCAGACGUGGAAUAUGGGCCUUAAUCAACAUAAAAUGACACAGUGGAUGAUUUGGACUUGAUUGAUAACCAUUUUCAGUCAUUCAGUUAAUGGGAUUAUUUGUGUUAAAUUACCUCCUGAAGACUUGGUGUUGUUACUCUUGUAUGGCAUGGAAUACCUGCACAUGUGAUUGGGAGAAAGUGAACCUGAGAAAGUAGAAGAGUAAACUCCCUUGACUAAAUCACAAGUUGUUCAUUUUAUUUUUUUAGAGUCAUUGAUUAAACACCCAGAGAAAUGAACAACUUCACCUCUGUGACCAUCUUCUUCCUAACGGGGUUUUCUGAUGUUCGGGAGAUCCAGAUCUUACACGCUGUGUUGUUUUUGCUGAUUUACCUGGCAGCUGUACUGGGGAAUGUUCUCAUCAUCACCCUCACAAGCAAGGAUCAUCGGCUCCACACCCCUAUGUAUUUCUUCCUGAAGAACUUGUCCUUUCUGGAUCUCUGCCUCAUUUCCAUCACUGUUCCCAAAUCCAUCGCAAACUCUCUGGCUCAUCACAACAUCUUCUCAUUCCUUAGUUGUGUUUCACAGGUAUUUUUCUUCAUCCUCUCAGCCACUACCGAAGUAUCUGUACUCACAGUGAUAUCCUAUGACUGCUACGUUGCCAUCUGCCACCCACUGAGGUAUGAAGUCCUCAUGAGCCAUGGAGCCUGUGUGCAGAUGGCAGCUUCCUCAUGGGUCAGUGGAGUUCUCACUGCAAUUCUGCAUGCAGCUUCUACCUUCUCCAUACCUGUGUGUGGGUCUCCUGAAGUUCAUCAGUUCUUCUGUGAUGUUCCACAACUGCUCUCCUUCGCCUGUUCUUAUAAUACUGUGGAGUUAGUAGUCAUUGGGCUCAGCCUGAUGUUAGAUUUUGGCUGUUUUGUGUUUAUUGAUAUCUCUUACAUUCACAUCUUCUCCACUAUUCUGAGAAUCCCAUCCAGAGAAGGCAGGUGUAGAGCUUUCUCCACAUGCUUGCCUCACCUCACUGUUGUGACUCUCUUUCUCUUUUCUGGUGUUUUUGCCUAUUUACGACCCUUACCCGAAUCUCCAUCACCCUUGGAUUUGCUGGUGUCAGUAUUCUGUACUAUGGUGCCACCCACCACGAAUCCCGUCAUCUACAGUCUGAGAAAUAAGGAUAUGAAGAUGGCAUUAAAGAAACUGUUAAAGAGUAGGCAUUGCCCUUCAAAUUAG